AUGUGUUGGCUUCUUGCCUCUCUCACUGAAGCUAUUCACACCCAAGUCAUUGGCUGCAACUCCUCUCACGCCAUCUGGACCUCUCUUGAGUGGCUCUAUUCGACCACUUCAACAGCUUGCAUCAUGCAGUUACAAUUGCAACUCCAACAAACUAAGCGUGGUGCUUCCACGAUCCAUGAGUAUUUACUCAAAAUCAAAACCAUUACUGAUCAACUUGCCAUUGCAAGAUGUCCCGUCUCGGACGAAGACCUCUGCCUCCAUAUUAUGAAUGGACUUGGUUCUGAUUAUGCCGCGUUUGUCACAUCCAUUUCAACUCGUGAUAUCCCUAUUACGUUCCAUGAUCUUCAUGACAUGCUUCUCACACAGGAGUUGCAUCUUAAAGAUGAUGUAUUGCAUCUUCAUGGCACUUCUCCUAUUGCCAAUGUUGCUUGCACUGAGACCCAAGGUAACAAAUCUAAUAACCGUGGCAAUGUCUACUUUCGUGGAUGUUAUGGUGGACGUUCUGAUGGACGUUCUCGUGGGUAG